ACACCCCCUGGUUUGCCUCAAGGACCUGGCGGACCUCCGCAGGGCGGCGGACCUCCUCAAGGACCUGGCGGACCUCCGCAAGAUGGCGGACCACCUCAAGGCGGUGGACCUCCUCCGGGUGGUGGACCUCCUCAAGGCCCCGGCAGACCACCACCUAUGGCUCCUCUCGGCGCACCAGGCAUCGUCGCCGGACGAACCAAAGUCCGCGCACCCAAUGUUUUUGACGGAGACCGCGACAAUCUACACACCUUCCUCAAUGAACUCUUCCUGUUCUUCGAAGCACGUCCAGCCGACUACGCCACCGACCAGAGCCGCAUCGUCACCGCCCUAACGUUCAUGGACAGACCGAAAGUGAUCGCCUGGAAAGACGGAUACAUCGCCCAAGCCCGACGAAACGGCUGGAACACCUGGAACACGUUUGAGACUGUCUUACAACAGACCUUCCAGCCCAUCGAGGAAGCCGCUACGGCCGCCUCUAAGCUG